CUCUACUAGAGAGAAAAAUUGCCAUGGGGACUUGUGUUAGCAAGUGCUGCUCCAAUCCAUCUCUCCCUUUUGAUCCAAGUCCCCCACAAGAUAAGCUUGUCAUUUCUCAAUCUCCUUCCACUCCCACCAAUCCCCUCCCCAAUGAUACAUCCAAUAUGCAAUCCACCCCUUCCUCUUCUUCCUCCUCUUCCUCUUCUUCUUCAUCAUCUUCUUCAUCGUCUUGCACUAGUAAUUCUACCUACUCUCAGUCUUCGUCGAAGGGUAGAUCUUUCACAAAUGAGUUCUUGUUGUCUUGCGCAAGAGAAAAUCCACACAUAAUCAUACUUGAUCCCCAUAAGCAUUGUGCCACAAAGCCUAAACCAAAUAGAUAUCUGGUGAAAACAUUACCACAGCCAUCCAAAUUAGUUCAAUGUCCACAAAAACAGUCCACUGCUAGAGCAAACCAGGCACUUCCAACCAAGCGGGGACGUUCUACCUCACCACCAACACCUGUCGGUCGGAAGAGUUCCAAGACAGAGCUUAGCUCGGCGGUCCCUCCCACAUACAGAAAAUUGAGCACUCCAUCCACUCAUUGGAGAUCGACAAAUGUGUUAACUGAACGGCAGAGGUGUGCGGUUGGAAUGUCAGGCAAUGCAGUCCCUCUUCAGCUUGCUGCAAAUAAGGAGAAGCUCCGGUGUUCGAGUCCUUGCAGCUCAUCAAACCGGCAAAUUUCUGGUGUGGAGAGGAGGAGGGAAGCUUGCAUGCACCAGAUCCACCAAAGGCAGAGUCAAAUGGGUCAGAAUGGGAGCAGGGAAGUGUUUUAUGAGGAGAGCUCCAGGACUCCUCACAUGGAGGACCUAAAUAACCCUCUCAUGUAUAUGGAUUGCUUUAUUUUUCUUUGAUGGGGAGUGUUUGACGGUUUGUGAGAAUUGGUUUGCUUCUUAAGAUUUAUAUAAAUCACCACCAUGCAAAAUACUUGCACAUAGAAUUUGUCAUGUUUUUGAGAAAAGAGUUUGCCAUAUUUUGUCCUGUAUUUUGAGCACCUGAGUGACUUCUGUAUGAGAAGUAGAGGGAGGGAAAAAGAAUGCUUACCUGUAAUAUUACUCCUGUAUGAAAUAGAUAUAACUUAUUUGCUUA